AUUUCUCAUUUCUUCGUUUACUUCAUCUCGUUUAUAUCUUUAUAUAUUUGUAUAUAUCGUGCGUAAGUACGUAAACAAGGGAAAGGACGCGUAUCGUACGUUAGUGACGAUUCUUUCGUAAUAUACGACGAAACAUUCAAGAUCGUAAAAAUAUUACCUGGCAACAAAUGUUUCAGAUAAAACUCGAAGAACAUCGAAAGAGAGAAUUUUUGAGAGAAAUUAGAAGAUCAAGGAAUUCAGAAUUAGAGAAUCUUAAAGGUUGAAAAAUUAGCGAAUAAAAGGAAGAGGUGAAGCGCGACGAAUACAACGACGUCGUCCGAUAGCUAGUCCCUUUUUUCUGCGAAAUAUCUGUGCUUUGGUGAAAGUGUUUCGUUUUGAGAAUACCAUGAAAAGCCGAGGAAUUUAUAAUUCACUAGAUUUUGGACCUUCGAACAUCUUGCACCGGUUAGACGGAAGAAAAAUAGGUUUUAAGAAGCUGAUGCAUGGCGAAGGCGCCAUGAAGAAAACCGUGUUGACAGUUUUGGCGGAGACGAUCGGUACCUCUAUAUUGCUGUUCGUUGGCUGCAUGGGAUGCGUUGGAGGCCUGGGCUCUGAACCCACUCCACUUCAAAUUUCUUUAACCUUUGGCCUUGCUGUGAUGAUUGUGAUUCAAUCUAUUGGCCACAUCAGCGAUGCUCACAUUAACCCUGCCAUCACGGUGGGAUCGGUAGUGCUCGGGAAGAAGACUAUUCCCGAAGGAUUGGUGUACCUGCUGUCCCAGAUAGUCGGCGGAAUCCUGGGGUUCGGCAUGCUGAAGGUGGUGACUCCAACAGGUAACCUGACGAGCAAGACCCUCAGCGAGGCGGACAUGUUUUGCGUGACCGAUCUACACUCGGAGCUAUCUGCGAUCCAGGGCCUGUUGCUCGAGGGCAUUUCCACCGCUAUACUGAUGCUGGUCGCGUGCGCCGUCUGGGACAGUAGAAACGUGAAAAACACCGACUCGGUGCCAAUCAGAUUCGGCCUGACGGUCGCUGCUCUUGCGCUCGCGUUCGGACCUUACACAGGCUGCAGCAUGAACCCGGCCAGGUCAUUGGCACCAGCGCUCUGGAACAAUCAGUGGUCACAUCACUGGAUCUACUGGUUCGGCCCCAUUGGUGGCGCCCUUUUAUCGUCCUUCAUGUACAAAACUAUCUUCGGCGUGAACAACAAUACGCAGGAUGAGUGCGCUGCUGAAGCUGUCGCGUUGAACAGCGUCAACAUUCAGAAGACGGAGCCGUGAUACGAAACUGAAGAGGGCCAAUCGGAAACGUCGAGGGUACGGAUCGAUCGGCACCAUCUUCAAGAAACCACGAGAGAUUAAGCGUUCAAUGGAGGAUUCGAAUGGAUCGAACGGAUCUACCGGAUCGUACAUCGCGCCACCUAGGAUCUUUUGUACCUCCGUUUUUCUCGAUCGUAUAAAAUUCGAACGAUCCAGAAAAUCGCAAGACUGCUCAUCAGAGAGACCAUCCGUUGCCUGCGAAGUAUUGUUCACACGCGGCAACGUUAUCUUGUUAGGGAAACGAUAUACAGCGUAUAGGUUAUGUGCAUCCCGGGAACGACGGUAUUCCGCCAUUUUACGAUUCGAUGAUCCACCGUGCACAACAUGGUGGCUGUUAGAUCGGAACCGAUGCCGGGAACACACAUCUCGUUGUUGUUGUCUUUUUUAUUUUUUUUCUUUCGAAUACUCCGUUAGUAUAUGUUUGCGCAGCAUAACUGUGUUGCUUGCUGCUUCAUAGGCGAUUUCAAUUCGCUAAUUGUCGUUGUAUAUAAUUGUUAUAUUUUUUAUAAAUGUAUUUACUCGUGACGAUGGAAAAAUAUAAUAGGAUAAAAGUGA